CACAGUCUCUCUCUCUCUCUCUCUCUCUCUCUCUCUCUCUCUCUCUCUUUCUAUCUUUCUCUAGCUAGCUAUCUAGUGGAUCUCUUUCCCAUCUCGCGCGCCCCCAUAGCCCUUUUGUCCAGGGCCAAUAUAUCCUCCGGCCACGCUCAUGCUGCCUCCUCGCCACCUCUGCCUUUCCCUCUUUGCUCGCGGCAAAAUCCACAUGCAGUUGUAGACUUGUAGUAGUAGUUAGUUGUGGUUGUUUGUUGUUUUGGCUUUCAAAUCAGGAACAACGACAGAUCCGAGGCUUUCUCGAAUCGGGCAGGUCCAUCAAAUCGGAAGCCAGCCAGCCAUCUAAUCACCUCAUCACAUCAAAGGGGACCAAAAGGAUAUCUCUGGUGGCUACCCCCUCUCCUCCGGCCACUCGUGUAAAAUUUCCCUUCUGAUCCUGCGCUGUGCCAGAUUAUAAGGCCAUUGCGUAGCUCGAUCGAAGAAAGAAGCAGGCCAGCCACAGUACUGCCUCUCUUGUCGAUCGAUCGACAGCCACAGCCUGCAGGUGUGGGGAUUCGGCUGGCCGUCGCCUUCGUCUUCGUCUUCGUCGUCGUCCUCAUCAUGUCGUCCUCGUCCUCGUCGUCGGCUGUCUUCCCACUGGACCACCUCGCGGCGCCGUCCCCCACCGAGCAGCUCUGCUACGUGCACUGCAACUGCUGCGACACCAUCCUCGCCGUCGGCGUGCCGUGCAGCAGCCUGUUCAAGACGGUGACGGUGCGGUGCGGCCACUGCGCCAACCUGCUCUCCGUCAACCUCCGCGGCCUCCUGCUCCCUGCGCCGGCGCCGGCGCCGGCCAACCAGCUCCACUUCGGCCCUUCCUUGCUCUCCCCCACCUCCCCCCAUGGCCUCUUGGACGAGGUGGCGUUCCAGACGCCGAGCCUACUGAUGGAGCAGGCCGCGAGCGCCAGCCUGAGCAGCAUCACGGGCCGCAGCAGCAGCAGCUGCGCCAGCAACGCGCCGGCAAUGCAAAUGCCUCCGGCGAAGCCUGUGCAGCAAGAGCCUGAGCUGCCAAAGAACGCCCCGGCGUCCGCGAACAGGCCUCCGGAGAAGCGUCAGAGAGUCCCAUCUGCGUACAACCGGUUCAUCAAGGAUGAGAUCCAGCGGAUCAAGGCCGGCAACCCGGACAUCAGCCACCGGGAGGCGUUCAGUGCAGCCGCAAAGAAUUGGGCCCAUUUCCCUCACAUCCAUUUUGGCCUCAUGCCGGAUCAGGGGUUCAAGAAGACCUUCAAGCCUCAGGAUGGUUCUGAAGACAUUCUUCUCAAGGAUAGCCUGUAUGCUGCGGCAGCCGCCGCCGCCGCUGCAGCCGCAAACAUGGGCGUCACUCCGUUCUAGCGAGCUUUGGCAAAGCGGCCGCAAGCACCGAAUUCUUGGUGGUGGCCCUAGCUCGCUCUCAUGUGUGGCGCCAUUCUAGCUAUAUAGCAAGGGUUUAAUUAGCAUCAGAUCAUCAUCUCUUAAUAUCAUGUGUGUUGCUUAAUUAGAGUACUUCUGAGUGUGUAGAAGAGAGAUGGGGAAUCCUGUUGAGUGCCUAGGUUUAUGCUUAUAACCAUAUUCCUCGUAGAGACUUUUUUCCCUGUUUUUCUCUUUUCUUUUCCUUCUUUAUUUUUUUAUCCUUUCUUUCUUUCAGGACUAUCUUCGUACUCCCUAUUCACCUGUAGAGUGUAGAGAAGUUGCUGUUCCGUUGCCUGAUUGUGUCC